GAUUUGUACCGAAACCGAUACCGAACCAUCCCGAACCAUACCGAACCGAUAUGUCGGGAUCGGGAUCGGUACGGUGUAAAAUCCCAUACCGAACCGAAAUAUUUGGUACGGUAUCGGAGUGAGUGAAAGAACUGAGGAGAGAGAGAGAGAGGAGAAGAAGAAGGCUCCAAGAAGAAAUGGGAAUGGUGGGCCCCAUCAGAGUCACCUUUGCUUGUUCUAUGAUGUUCUUCUUCCUUCUGGGCAUCUGCAGAGGAAGCAACAUUGGGGUUUGCUAUGGAAGGAACGGAGACGAUCUCCCCACGCCAGACAAAGCCGUGCAGCUAAUCCAGAACCACAACAUCAAACAUGUGAGGAUAUAUGACUCAAACAUCCAAGUGAUCAAAGCCUUUGCCAACACCGGGAUAGAACUCAUGGUUGGAGUCCCAAACUCAGACCUAUUGCCGUUCUCCCAAUUCCAAACCAACACCGAUUCGUGGUUAAAAAACAACAUCCUCCCCUACUAUCCGGCGACCAAAAUCACCCACAUUACUGUGGGUGCCGAGGUCACUGAAGCCCCGGCCAAUGUGUCUGCCAUGGUAGUCCCAGCACUCACAAACGUACUAGCAUCGCUUCGAAAAGCUGGCCUUCACAAGAGGAUCAAGCUUUCCACUACCCAUUCCUUGGGUGUAUUGUCGCGGUCGUUCCCACCUUCUGCCGGGGCUUUCGCCAGUAAACAUGCCAGUUUUCUGAAACCCUUGUUGGAAUUCCUUGCAGAGAACAGGUCCCCUUUCAUGGUUGAUGUUUAUCCCUACUAUGCGUAUAGAGAUUCCUCCACCAAUGUCUCCCUUGACUAUGCUCUCUUCGAGUCGUCCUCGGAAGUGAUUGACCCGAACACCGGUUUGCUCUACACCAACAUGCUCGAUGCCCAGAUCGACGCGAUCAACUUUGCUUUGAUGGGUUUGAAUUUCAAGACAAUCAAUGUCAUGGUGACGGAAACCGGGUGGCCUUCCAAGGGGUCGCCGAAGGAGACCGCUGCGACUCCAGAUAAUGCCCAGACGUAUAAUACGAACCUCAUCCGCCACGUAAUCAACAAUACUGGAACCCCAGGGAAGCCCGGGGUGGGCAUUGACGUGUACAUCUUUUCAUUGUUCAAUGAGAACAGGAAACCCGGGUUGGAUUCCGAGAGGAAUUGGGGGAUGUUUUUCCCGGACCAGACGAGCGUGUACAGCCUGGAUUUCACCGGGAAGGGUGUUGUGGACGUGAGCACGGGCGCGAACCUCACGAGUGCCAACGGGACAUGGUGCAUUGCUUCGGCGAACGCGUCAGACGCAGACUUGAAAAACGCUUUGGCUUGGGCUUGUGGUUCGGGCAAUGUGGAUUGCUCGGCCAUUCAACCGAGCCAGCCUUGUUACCAACCGGACAACCCGAUUUCUCAUGCUUCGUUCGCGUUCAACAGUUACUACCAACAACAUGGAGCCACUGCCAAUGCUUGCAGCUUUGGAGGAGUCGGUGUUAGAACGGACCAAGACCCAAGCUAUGACAACUGUCUCUACAUGACCACUGGGAACAAAGCUGCUUCUGCAACUACCACCAAUGGAACAGCAAGCCAUUCAAAAGCACCAUCAUCAUCAUCUGUUCAGAGAGUUUCUGUGCAGGCUUCGAGUCAUCUUCUCACACUCUUGGCUUUAUUUUUCGGCAUGUAUUUCAUCAAGGGCACCAUUUAACAAGCGCCAUUGGUGAAAAACACGUCCUUUUGAAUCAAAGUUCGGCUUCUGAUUCAGUGAUUCAUCAUGGUCGCGGGUGGGGGGGGGCAUUUUGUUGUAGAUUAUCUUGCCUCAGCUUUGUAUGAUAAACCAUGGCAAACUACGGUCUACGUCGGUCAACAUUUUUGUACUGUAAUGGUUUUUUUAUGAAUGUCCAUUUGUUUCAAUGCUCAUCAAGUAUUUGUUAUUUUG